CCCCUCCCUCGCUGGGUCCCGCCUCCUUCCUGCAGCCAUGAGCUUGGAAGCGAUCCGCUACCGCAGGGGAUCCUUGGAGAUCCUCAACCAGCUCCUCCUGCCCCAGCAGAGCCUCUACGAGGCGGUCGGCAGCGUCCGGCAGGGAUGGGAAGCCAUCCGGAGCAUGAAGGUCCGGGGUGCUCCGGCCAUCGCCAUCAUAGGUUGCCUAAGUUUGGCAGUGGAACUCCAUAAUAAAACAACUACAGAAGAGAGUGUGGACAACCUGGAAACAUUUGUGUUAGAUUCUUUGAGCUACUUAGUGAGUGCCCGGCCAACUGCUGUCAACAUGGCCCAAGCUGCUCAGGAGCUGGGCCGCAUUGUCCGCCAGGAAGCCAAGCGUGAAGGGUCUACUGUUGAGAGUUUGCGAGAAAAGGUCAUCUGUUGGGCAGAAGCCAUGUUGGAUCAAGACCUCAAAGACAACAGAAGCAUUGGGGACCAUGGAGCACUCCAUCUCCUGCAGCAGGUUGGGCAGGACAAGGUGAUAGUCCUCACACACUGCAAUACAGGCUCACUGGCCACUGCUGGCUAUGGAACUGCACUUGGUGUUAUUCGCUCCUUGCACACCAUGGGUUGUCUUGAACAUGUCUACUGUACAGAGACACGGCCGUACAAUCAGGGAGCCCGGCUGACAGCCUAUGAGCUUGUAUAUGAAGAAAUUCCUGCCACACUCAUUGCUGACAGCAUGGUAUCUAUGGCUAUGAAGGAGAAGAAGAUAUCAGCUGUCAUCGUGGGAGCAGACAGGGUUGUUGCCAAUGGAGACACUGCCAACAAAGUGGGUACUUACCAGCUAGCUAUUGCUGCAAAACACCAUGGGAUCCCUUUCUAUGUGGCAGCACCUAGCACUUCUUGCGACCUAAGCUUAGAACAUGGUGGUCAAAUUAUCAUUGAGGAGCGGCCAAGCCAGGAGCUGACGGACAUCAAUGGUGUGCGAGUUGCAGCACCAGGUAUUGGCGUUUGGAACCCAGCUUUUGAUGUCACACCCCAUGAUUUGAUAACAGGUGGCAUUGUCACUGAAUUGGGUGUCUUUGCUCCCACUGAACUUCUAGCUGCAUUGACACGAAGAGCAAACAAAGUGUGAACAUAUUCUGCUGAUCUGAUUUUAGAUUCUCAGUCAAAAAUGUGAAUUGGUUGCAGAUUGAUGGAUCAUGUUCCUGACCUGGAUCUCUGCCUUUUAUUUCCAUUCUGUUCUUUAAUGAAAACAUAUUCAGUGAAGAAUAUGGGCAAUAAAUGCACAUUGUGCCUUCAAGCUGCCUUGAAUUCAUGACGAUUACAUGAAUUUCAUUAAAAAUCAUUGGCAGAAAUAUUCAGGAGAGGGUUUGCCAGUUACUUCCUCUGAAAUGCAGCCUACAGCACCUGAUUUUCUUCAGCGAUCUCCCAUCCAGGACUGACCCUGCUUAGCUUUCAAGAUACAGUUGCAGAAAUAGAUAGCUAGUCAUAUGUAUUAACCUUAAGUUUUGUACUACAGAAGUAAGGUCUAGAAAGUUUGCUCUUGCUUUGCUCUUUUUUAUGCCAAUCACUGUGUAAUGCCUAACUCCUUAGACACUCUAUAAAUAAUACAUGUAAAGAC